UUCAUUUUCUGUAAUGGUUUUUGUGACAAUAAUAGUGAAAUGUUUCUGUCAGGACAGUUACACAGCGCCCAAUAUAAAACUUCGAUUCCCUAGUGCUACCACAAUGGGGAUUUUUAUAGCCAUAGCUUUUCCCAUCGAUUUACCACACAGAGAUGUUUAUUACUCACAUUUCUUUGAAGCUCUCCAUCCAUUACCAAGUAACGAAACGUCUUUCGAAUAUCCUCCGUUAAUUGAGAGAGAUAUGGACAGACAAAUGGUUUAUAAGGCCUUUGAAAAGAGAAUUGAAUCCAAUGGUUAUCCCGGCAAACCUUGUUUAUUACGAGCUAUCUGUGAAAUGUCUCUGUAUUCCAUAAAAGACAUUAAUGGUGUUCUUGGAGAAAUUAUCCACAUAAUAUUUACACCUUCAGCUAGUAAGAAUUUCGGGCUUUCUUCCGAAUACUCAACAGCGGAACGAAGAGGGAGAAACCACGACUGUUCGUCGUACGAAAAAAAAUGUAGUAUAAGUUUUGUAGAUCUAAUAACCUGGGUGGAAGACACCGUAGAUGAAUAAAAGUUGGUGUUAGUCAUCCAGAACAGGACUAAAGUUUAUUAGAUGAAGGUUAUUUCAUUGUUGAUAAAGUGAACGCUGUGAAGUUGUGUUGUGUGGAACUUUUGAUAGAUAAAAUAUA